ACAAAUGCCCAAUAUGAAAUUUAAAUUAAAUUAAGAACACUGGCUGUGCAACACGAAUAUUUUUUCCUCACAUAACAAGAUAAAUGAAUAAAUAAAUAAGCUAAUAGCUCCAUAAUUCAAAAGGCAAGAGGAGAAAAAAAUACGAUAACAAGCUGUUGGGGGAUCAUACUACGGAAAGUUGCAGCCUCAGCCACUGGAACCAAUCUUUUCCAUUCUUCCGCCAUUUCCAGCGUCAUUUGGUUUUUCAUUUUCUUGCCCAUUUCUCUCUCUCUCUCUCUCUCUCUCUCUCUCUGUCUGAAUGCAUCAGUGCACCAUAACCCUGAAAUCCCCAAUUCCAUACCAUGCACCCUCCUCCCAGUCUCACCCAAUUUUUCCCCACAACCCUAGGCUAACCCAAUCCCAAUCCCACCCCAUUUUGGCGCCAAUCUGUACUCGCGCCCAUUCCGUCUUCAACAGCACCAGAGGGCUUGACAUCUCCGCGCCUAAACACACCUCGAACUCCAACUCCAACGCCAUUAAUGGCUCCGUACACGACUUGAAGUCCAAGAGCGUCGGUGUUAAAGACAUAGACGUCGCCACUCUUGGCAAUCUCUGCGUCGAUAUCGUCCUCAAUGUUCCCAAAUUGCCCCCGCCCGAUGUCCACGACCGCAAAGCUUACAUGGACCGCUUAUCUGCCUCGCCGCCCGAUAAGCAAUACUGGGAAGCUGGUGGAAACUGCAAUAUGGCUAUAGCAGCUGCGAGACUGGGACUUCAUUGUAUUGCAAUUGGCCAUGUGGGUAACGAAGUAUAUGGGCAGUUCCUUAUAGAUGUUCUUCAUGACGAAGGAAUUGGUAUGGUUGGCAUGUGUGAAAAUACCAACGUUGACAGUUCAAGUGCUUCUUAUGAAACACUCUUAUGCUGGGUUCUAGUGGAUUCAUUGCAAAGACAUGGUUUUUGCAGUCGGGCUGAUUUCAGUAAGGAUCCUGCAUUCAGUUGGAUGAGCAAGUUAUCUGAACAAGUCAAGACAGCUAUAAAACAGUCAAAGAUUCUUUUCUGUAAUGGUUAUGGCUUUGAUGAACUCCCUCCUGGUGUAAUAGUCUCAGCUGUAGAGUAUGCCGUUGAAGUUGGAACAGCACUUUUUUUUGACCCUGGACCUCGUGGAAAGAGCCUUUCUGCUGGUACAACUGAAGAACGAGGAGCACUUAGCCAGUUGUUGAGGAUGAGUGACGUUCUUCUUCUAACUUCUGAUGAGGCUGAGUCAUUGACUGGCAUUGAAAACCCAAUAUCAGCAGGGCAGGAAUUGCUCAAGCAAGGGGUGCACACAAAAUGGGUGAUUGUCAAAAUGGGUCCAAGGGGAUCAAUUCUAAUAACUAGGUCAAGUAUCUCUUGCGCACCAGCAUUCAAGAUAAAUGUCAUAGACACUGUUGGAUGCGGAGAUAGUUUUGUAGCUGCUAUUGCAUAUGGUUUCAUCCACAAUAUGCCAGCGGUUAAUACACUAGCAAUUGCAAAUGCAGUGGGUGGUGCAACUGCCAUGGGUUGUGGUGCUGGUAGGAAUGUGGCAACCUUGGAGAAAGUAAUAGAACUUAUGAAAGCAUCAAAUCUCAAUGAGGAUGACGAAUUUUUUGAUGAAUUACUCAAUGAAAAUUUAGAUGUCCAGGCAAUUAAGUCUCUCUCAAAAUUGGUCAUAAAAGGAAGUGAAAACCAGCCAAAUUGUGUAUCCUUGCAGAAGGUGGUGUCAGAAUUGCUUCCUAAGCUCAAAUUGACACAGUUACAGAAAAAAGUGCCAUGCUGACAUAUUAUAACAGCAGAAGGUUUUUAGCAAUGAAUUCUGUUCUGUUGGAGCUAUCUCAUUCUCUGGAUUUGUUUGGACCUUUGCAGUUCUACUAACACAAAAUGAGGCCCGGGUUAAGUUAACUGUAACUAUGCUGGCUUCGUUGCAAAUGGGAUCAGAAUGCAAUACUUUCCGGGGGAAACAUCAGUUCGAGCAGGCAGUAAAGCUUUGCUUUCCAGGUCUCUCUCUGCAAGUAGAUUUUUUACCCUCCUGUGCGCAAGAUGCUCGAUUCUUUGCAUCUUUUCAAUACAUUGCUUAUUGAGCAGGUGAGGUGCCUUUGUUAUCCUUUUUGUUUGCAUGGAUGUGGGGAGGUGAUUUUUUUACCUGAUAUGAUAUGUCGUGUAAAAGAAAAGCAAAGGAUCUUAUAUGUACUGAAUUUUUAUUUUUAUUUUUGAAAAUGCAAAAAUCAUAGAUUUUAUUCAUUGGACAUUCGCAGCAACCGUGCAUACAUAUUUUUUUUUGUUGAAGUUUGGGGAAAAAAAAGAAGAAGAAAGAGAUAAACAGAUUGAUGAAAUAUCAAAGAGCUAUUUUUAUGCCAACUGGUCCAGUGAAAAAGGGUCUUGACUUGCAGACCAGAUGUCUCAGGUUCGGAUUGAAGUCGAGGGCAUCAGGCCCCCGGAUAUCAGGCAGUUGCUGCAGUAUUGGGAUUGGAAUCUCAAUGUUGGUUCCUUUGGGAAUUUGAAUGUUGUUGAGGUCAAUAUCUUCCAAGCCUUGUCUUACAACAAUCAAUGAUGGGGGGUACAGGCGCAAGCUUUCUUGGAUCACCACGUUCAACUGCCAGGAUAUUUAUAAUGAGUUUAGAAUAAAAGGUCAUAUCAUUUUAUUGGCAGAAAGGAAAUCAAUUCUUAUAACAAAUUUAUACAUGUACAGUAACACUGCAUGAGCUCGUUAGCUUAGCAGAGUAUGUAUAGAGUCGGGGGUUGUGCGGGAGUGCUUCUGUAUGAAGCGCUAUUACUCCAUCGUGCUUUUGUUAAUUCACCUGCCAUGUGCUUUUUCA